AUGCUGGGGCUGCAGCUGGGCGAGCUGGAGGCGGUGGAGGCGGGGCUGCGGGCGUCGCUGGCGGCGGUGCGCCGCGACCUCGAGGCCCGCGAGUGGCGGCUCGAGGGGCUGGCGAGAUCGGGCGCGCCCGUCGCCCGCCUGGGGGAGGUUGCGGCGCGAGAGGCGAGGGCCCACGAAGAGGCGAGCAGGACGUCGGCGGCCCCAGCUUCCCGCCGCGAGGCGAGGGCGCGAAGCGUCGAGGCGGAUGCCGCGUCCGUGGCGGAGGAGGAGGACGCGCUGGCGGCCUCCCUGGAGGAGGUCGAGGCCGAGAUGUGGAAACUGGUGGACGCCGGUCGUGAGCGUGUGGUGGUGGUGGUUCAGGACACUCUCUUCGAGGCGAGCGCCGCGUCGCUCCGCCGGUCGCCGCGCCUGGCGCGGGAGCUCUCGGCCGCGGCGGCGGCGGCGGCGCCGCCCGCCGCCGCGGGGCCCGUGCUGCACCUGCGGCGCGACGCCGCGAGCUUCGGGGCCGUGCUGGAGUACCUGAGGCACGGGCGGGCGAGCGGCCACAUCUUCGAGGGCCUGCCGAGGGCGCAGCGCGCGCAGCUGCUCGAGGAGGCGGCGUUCUUCGAGCUCGACGACCUGGCCGGCGCCCUCGCCGAACCGCCAGUGGGCGCGAGCGUGGUCGUGCGCCUGCAGUCCGCCAGGCUGGCGCAGCGGGGCAUCGACGCCAUCCUGCUCCACGAGGCCUGCGGCUCCUGGCACGCGCCCGGCGCCUGCGUGGAGCCCGCGUGCCGCGCUGGCGGGGCGGCGGCCUGCCGCGGCGAGGUGCGCGGUUAUGCGCACGGCGCCGAGCCGCUGUGGACGGUCGAGUGCCACGGCUUCCUCUUCGGGGUGCCCGGCUUGGGCCUGGUCCCUCCGACGGGCCUGGAUGGGGCGGCCGCGGGCGCGGUCGUUUGCUGA